GCGGCGCGGAGCAGUCGAAUGUGCAGAGUCACGGUGCGAGGGGCGGCGAGCGGACGCUGGCUGCCGGCAGUGUGUUCCGCGUGCUCGGCAGCGAGAUGCACGUCUCGUGCCCGGCCGUGAUGGCGUGCGCCUUGCCGUACACGGUGCCCGUGCUGCAGGCGGCCGUGUUCCGCACGCUGAUGCGCUCCGACUGGUACGACCGCCUGAGGAAGCCGCGGUGGACGCCGCCCCGCUGGGCGUACGCGCCCGUCUGGAGCGCCCUGUACGCCGGCAUGGGGUACGCCUCGUACCUCGUCUGGAAGGACGGCGCCGGCUUCCAAGGCCCGGCGAGGCUGCCCCUGGUGCUGUACGGCUCCCAGCUGGUGCUCAACUGGCUGUGGGGCCCCAUCUUCUUCGGGGCGCGCAACAUCCCGUGGAGCCUGGUCGACAUCACGCUGCUGUGGGCCAACGUGGCGGCCUGCGGAUACUCCUUUUACGGUAUCAACGCCGUCGCCGGCUACCUCUUCGUGCCCUACUUCCUGUGGAUGACUCUGGCGACUGACCUCAACUACCAGAUCUACAAGCUCAACUGCACGGAUAAAGGCAGCAAGGACUAGCGCACCGAUCUGUAACAUCCGGAGUCCCGUGGCGGCUAGCAGGUUUGGUAGGUAUACUGUACUGAGAAAAUGUUAAAAAAUAUUGUUCUCUGCUUCCUCCUCUCGUAACUGUUCUCGCUCAAUUCCAUUGUAUAUACUUUCUUAAUAUCUGGCAGUGUGGCGCUAUAGCUACGAACAACUUUUCACUUAUUAUGCUGCGAUUUUAUGAGCCGAGCCGAUCACAGAUUAAAUUGAUGGAGCACGUAAGUGAACCCUUCCUUCACGUCCCGCUGGUGAAGAUAUAUCGAUACCAGUGGUGAAGAUAUUUCUUUCUGUAGCACUCCACCUACAUUCUAUUGCUGUCGUUUGACUUUCUCUCGGUAAUCUCGUACGUGCACCUGUUAGGGAGAGUGUAAUGUACAACUCUACAAUAAAGUCCACAGCAAAUAUUCUCUCUUUGCCACUCAUAAUAACCUGCUGCUCAAUAUAUAUAU